AUGCGGGUGUGCUCCCUCGCUUGCGUCCGCAGAGUCUGUUCGCUGUUCCUUGCCCGCCAUUUGUUCCUUCUUCCCACAUUCAUCUCCCGGCGAUCCCAGAUCGGAGUCUCCUCCCUCGCCCCGCCGGAGUCCCUCGGCAUGAUGGUCUUGGAGGCCCCGGCGGCGGCGCCGGAGGAAGAAGCGCUCCCCUGGCCGAUCGUGGAACGGCGGGCGGAGGGCACGGGGAGUGCUUCUGUUUCCGAGGACGAGGUUUUGGUUCCGCCUUUCAACUUCGGGGUGGUCGAACACGGCAUCUACCGAUCGGGGUUCCCCGCGGCUGCCAACGUUCAGUUUUUGAGGACUCUCAACUUGAAAUCCUUCGUGUGCCUCUGUUCGGAGCAAUAUUCGGAGGAGGUUGCCGAGUUUGCGAGGUCCGAGAGGAUUCGGAUUUUCCAGUUUGGGCUCGGAGGCACCAGGGAAACUUUAUCAACUGUUACUAGCGAUAUCAUCACACGGGCUCUUGGAGCCAUACUCGAUAUAAGGAACCAUCCCAUUUUAAUUCAUUGCAAAAGAGGGAAGCAUCGCACAGGCUGCCUUGUUGGCUGCUUCAGAAAACUGCAGCAUUGGCGCAUAUCCUCCGUGCACGAAGAGUACAUAAAAUUCGCAGCACCCAAAGUUCGGGAAUCCGACAUGAAAUUCAUGGAGGCGUUUGAUCCUUCUUGUCUGAUGGAAUGCGUCGCGGGCAUCAUCUACCGCUACCACGGCUUCGGCAGCCAGUCCAGGCGCCUUGCCUACAAUGAAACGCAAUAG